CCCUUGCCUCUUCUCCAACACUCAAUCCACUUGACUUCUUCUUUUCCUUAUCAAUAGCUGCUGGCAGCAACACAACUCAAGCAUACACAAGUCAAUCCAGCAUGAAGUACAUCGCAGAAACAGCAGCCCUGGUGGCUGCCCUCUCCGCCACCGGUGCCCAAGCAGCGCCAUCACAAAAUAACAAACUCUUCAACAACCCAAGCUUCGGCAUCUUGCCUUAUACUGGCAAUCCAGCAUAUUACGCAGACCCCAAAGAUUUUGUGGGACGAACUGGGCCUGCCAAGAGAGAUGCAUGGCCAGCAUUCUUCGGAGAAGCCCAAGUCGGGACAGCCGAACAACUAGCUCGGGUGCGUGAGCAGCUCUACCUGCAAGCCAGCGGCAACGCAAAGCGAGAAGCAUUCAUCGACAACCAGCCAAAAGUCAUUCCCGAUACGCGUCCCAUUGAUGUUCGGUUGAGGGAGUACAAGAAGCUGUACCCUAAUCUCUAUCCCAGUGAAGAGAAGCGGAAUGCAUUCGUCGACAACAUGCCAAAGGUCAUCCCACAUCCCGGCGGUAUCGAGGGAGCGAUAGAGGAAGCUCGUAGGCUGUAUCCCGAGAUCUACCAGCGAAAUCUCGAGCCCUGGGGUCUGGAAGACUUCUUGGGUCUCCCGGACACCUCGGUAAAUCCCAACUUUGGCAACACAGGAACCUUCGGAAAGAAGAGAUCAGCAAAUCCCUUCGUCGACACCAUGCCAAAGGUCGUUCACGAUCCGAAUUUCAAUCUCCAGGAGUACUUGAGACUCCGAAACGUCAGAGGGAAACCUCUCCAGCAGAGAGAGGCGAACGCAUUCUUCGACAACCAGCCAAAGGUCGUUUACGACAAGAACUUCGAGGAUGUUGUGUACAACCGACGAGGGCCAUUUCAGCUGCAGCAGAGAGAAGCGGUGUUGCGGAAUGGGUUUCCCCCAGUCCCCGUCCCCGUCCCCGAAGGCUUUCAAUUUCAACACCCACCAGCAGACGCUCCCAUUUACUCGGGCGGCUACCGCGGAGGAAAGGAACGAUGGCAGCGGGAUUUGAACAAUCUUCUCGGCUUGGCUACGAAGCGUAAUGCUGAGGCCGAGCCUUUCCUGGCAGACAUUGGGAAGCUGAUCGGAAUGGGUAUCGACAAGGCUACCAAGCGCGAUGCUGCGGCUGAUCCUUUCCUUGCGGAUAUUGCGAAGGUGGUUGGAAUGGGUAUCGACAAGGCUGUUGGCAAGCGUGAGGCCGCAGCCGACCCAUUCCUUGCAGAUAUUGCGAAGCUUGUCGGCAAGUCCAUCGACACGGCAACUUAAACGCAUACUAGUCGGACGUAAAGCCUGUUGUACUGCAUUUUGUGGAGUUCAGUCUGGGAUUUGGUUGAUUGCUUCGAGGGCUCAGAUACAGCUGGGCUGCGUCGACGAUUGGGAGAGGGGUUUCUUGAUGACCUGCCGAUUGAGCGAGUCGGGAUGUGUAUGCUUAGGUAGAAGUGUUGGCGAACGUACGAUGGGAUCAUUUUCACUUCUCAACUGUUUU